CGAGGGUCCAUUGGUUGUGUCAAGUGGCAUAAUGCUUGGGACCACCACAUGUCCAUGUGGCACCUUAUUCUCUUUGUUCCUUUGGUGAGUUAAAGUUCCAAAGCAUUUAUAAAUGCUUUAAAGGAUGUCUCCACUUUCUAUGUGGGACUUAAAGCAAAGCAUUAAAUGCUAUUUAACUCUUUUGUCAUUUUGAAACUAAUAUUGCAAAACAAUUUCCAACAAUAAAUAACAAUUGUCUCAUAACCUAGAAUCAAUAACACUAGUAUACACAUAGAAUAAUUGUUUUGGUGGAUGAUUCACUGAAGACCCCAACCUAGCUGUUAUAGGCUAUACCUUUUUCUUAUGUUUAGAUUGGUGGUAUGAGACAAAAUGGAAUGGAAUGAUAAAUAGUGAGAUUAUAUUGUUCGAGUUUAUAAAUAAUGGAUAGAAUAAAAUUGAAUAUGAUAAAAUUCAUUCUAUAUCCAUAUUUCAUUCUUGGUUUGACAAUCUACAUAAAAUAUCAAAAAGAUAAGAGAAAGAUGAAGGGUUCUCAAAUUCGGUAGAUAAGCUAUAUAGAUAAAUAUCAUGUAGGUCUUUGGAGAUGGAAGAAGGUGAACAUGUGUUCCUAUGUGUCAUAGUUAUCAUUAUAGUUGGUAGAGCUAUCGAGUCAAAAGAGCAGAUUAUUUUCUCAAAAGAAUAAAUCAUUCCACCACGGUCAUCUAAAAGAGUCAUGAUGAUAUAUUGUUUACUUAAUGAAAUUUUAUAAAAAAAAUUGAAGUGAUAUCACUUUUAAAUAAAAGUGAAAGACUCAACUAAAAUUCUGAAGAAAUCACGAAUUUACUAGUGUUGGGAUUCAAACCAAUGAAAGAUUAAAGAUAUCACCACAGUUGUUCAAAAUAACCGUUGUAAUAUGUUAAUAAUUUUUAAUUAAAAUAAUAGUGGCACCUGAAUUUAGAUAUAUCACCACGAUCCUUCAAAGGACCGUGGUAACGUGUGCGUUGUGUAUAUACUUUUUUGUAAAUUGUUAAGAAAUCUAACGUUAUACCAUAUAUCAUUAAUUGUUUGAAUAUGUGUAUAUAAAUUGGAGCAGUCUUUACCGUACAAGUCGGUUUUUUAAGGUUAAGUUAAACCAACCAUAAUUUUUAAGAUAAUAUUAGAGUCUCGUUUAAGACCCGUUGAAACAUAUGCUCAAAUGAUUAGUUAACCAAUAUCUUCACCAAAUCUCGAUGAAACCUCGUAUUGAUGCAUAUGAUAUAUACAUGAAAGAUGUUUCAUUGGUCGUUUGAUAUAUUUGAUCAUCACUCGACUCAACAUUAUGUUAAGUGACUUUUGUUUUUCUUGGCUGAUCUUAAAAUUCUUUUAUUAUGAUAAUCAAAGUUCAUUUCAUAUUGCAACUAAUGUCAUAAAGUGCUACAUUGUUUUUGACCAAGUACAAACUGGUGUAUUGCUUUUGUCAUCUGUGAGUUUUCAAGAACAAGUUGUGGACUUUUUCACCAAAGGUCUUCUCCCCUAACCUUUCACGACUUUAGGUUUAAAAUUGGGCUUGAUAGAUAUAUACCUAGCUCCAUCGUGUGAAGGGGUAUCGGAGAAUGAAAUUUAUUCCUCGUCUAUAACAGUUGUGCCAGCACUAUAUAUAUAUAUAUGAUGUAAUCUUGCUGCUUUUUGUUUACUGCUUGCAUAACUUGAACUGAAGAAAGCACUACAUAUUGGAGAAAGAAGAAGAUUAAUUUCUCAAUCAACCCGAGCUUGCUUGCAUUGAAAGUGGUGAAAAAAACAGAUGGCGAGUUUUCUGAUUGAUUACGCAAAGCAAAAUAUGGAGAAGUUGAUAAAUGAAGGGCUAAAAGAAUUCGGUUAUAUAUGUUGUUUCACAUGCAUUGCUAAGGAACUUGAAGAAGAAAAAGUUUGGUUGGAAGCAGAAAGGACAGCUGUUGGGCAGCGUGUUAAAGUUGCAAAAAGAAGAGGAGAAGAUGUUGAAGCAAAUGCUCUUUUUUGGGAAGAAAAAGCUGAUAAGCUCAUUCAAGAAGACACCAAAACAAAAGAGAAAUGUUUUAUUGGAUUAUUUCCUAAUUGCAUAUGGCGAUACAGAAGGGGAAAGGAACUGGCAAAUAAAAAAGACCAAAUAAAAAAAUUAAUGGAAAUUGGAAAGGAACUUGCAAUCGGACUCCCUGCUCCUCUUCCAGAUGUUGAACGUUAUUCAUCCCGACACUAUAUUUCUUUUAAAAGCAGAGAAUCGAAAUAUAAUGAGCUUUUGGAUGCAUUGGAAGAUGACAACAAUUAUAUAAUCGGGUUGCAAGGGAUGGGGGGCACAGGAAAAACUACAUUGGCCAAAGAAGUUGGUAAGAAACUUAAGCAAUCCACACAAUUUUCGUGCAUUAUUGUUACGACAGUGUCAUUUUCUCCUGAUAUUAAAAGGAUUCAAGAUGAUAUUGCUGGGCCCUUGGGAUUGAAGUUUGAUGACUGUAGUGAAUCAGACCGACCUUUAAAACUAUGGAAAAGAUUAACAAAUGGUGAAAAGAUUCUUGUAAUACUUGAUGAUGUUUGGGGAGAUAUUGAUUUUGAAGAAAUAGGGAUUCCAUAUAGUGACAAUCACAAAGGUUGUAGAGUUCUUGUAACCACGCGCAAUGUGGAGGUAUGCAACACAUUAGGAUGCAGUAAGACAAUCAGAUUGGAGCUCUUGUCUUCAGAUGAUGCAUGGGAAAUGUUCAAACGACAUGCUGGUCUGACUGAAACUUCAACUAGAAGUUUGCUAGACAAGGGUCGUAAAAUUGCAGACGAAUGCAAAGGAUUACCAAUUGCAAUUGCUGUUAUCGCAAGUAGUUUGAGGGGAAAACAACAUCGGGAAGAAUGGGAUUUUGCCUUAAAAUCCUUGCAGAAAUAUGCUUCAAUGCAUGAUAUUGAUGAUGAUGAUGAUGAUUUGGUUAAAAUAUAUGAACGCUUGAAGUUUAGCUAUGAUAAUAUGAACGAUGGAAAGGCAAAGAGACUAUUCCUGUUGUGUUCUGUAUUUCGAGAAGAUGAAGAAAUUCCUACUGAAAGUUUAAUCAGACUUGGCAUAGGAGCUGGCCUUUUCGGGGAAGAUUAUGGCAGCUACGAAGAUGCUCGAAGUCAAGUAGUUAUAUCCAAAAAUAAACUCCUAGACUCUUGUUUAUUGUUGGAGGUCGAUGAUGAUAGAGUGAAAAUGCAUGACUUGGUUCGUGAUGCAGCCCAAUGGAUAGCAAACAAAGAGAUUCAAACAGUAAAGUUGUAUGAUAAAAAUAAAAAAAGAAUGGUUGAAAGGGAGAAGAGUAUUAAAUAUUUGUUAUGCGAAGGAAAGCUUAAAGACGUGAUAUUGUGCAAGCUUGAGAGUUCAAAGCUCCAAAUUCUAAUUGUCCAUAUCGACAGUGAUGAUGAUGAUAGGCACAAGGAGAAAAUCGAAGUCCCAAAUUCGUUUUUUGAAAAUAUUAGUGGCCUUCGUGUUUUCAAUUUCUUUACUAAUAUUUAUCCAACAAAUCUAUCAUUACCUCACUCAAUUCAGUUGUUGAAGAAUAUUCGAUCUCUUCUUUUUCAUGGUGUUGAUUUAGGUGAUAUCUCUAUUUUGGGAAAUCUGCAAAGUCUUGAGACACUUGAUUUGAUUUGGUGUGAAAUUAAUGAAUUUCCAGAAGGAAUGGCAAAACUACCGAAUCUUAGAUCGUUGAAAUUGAAAAUUUGUGAAAUUAGAAGGAAUAAUCCAUUUAGAGUGAUUGAAGGAUGCUCCUCACUUGAAGAGUUGUAUUUCAUAAACAGUUUUAAUGAUUGUUGCCGAGAAAUAUCCUUCCCAAUGUUACAAAGAUUUAUAGUGGAUGAUAAUCAGAGAUUUGUGGAUGAUUCACCAUCAAAAUGUGUGUCUCUUUUACAUCAAGAAAAUGAACAUUUACUCUCUGAAAAAAAACUCAAGGAUUGUAUUCAAGCAGCAGAGGUUCUUAUACUAAGAACAAUCUGGCGGGGAUGGAUAAAUAUCAUACCUGAGAUUGUUCCUAUGGAUCAUGGUAUGAAUGAUCUAGUCGAGCUUAGAUUGAGUUGCAUUCGACAGCUUAAGUGUCUCAUUGACACUAAGUAUUGUAAUUCUCAAGUAACAACUGUGUUCUCCAAAUUAGUUGUACUAGAUUUGGAUUUUAUGGAAAGUUUGGUAGAAUUGUGCAAUGGUCCCCUUUCCUUUGAUUCUCUCAAGAGUUUAGAGAAGCUGAACAUCAUCUGCUGCAAUCAAUUGCAAAGCUUAUUCACGUGCAGCCUAAACCUCUUCAAUUUGAAGAGAUUGUUAUUGCUACAAUGUCCGAUGUUGAUCUUAUCCCUAUUUCAACUGACUACGUCUGGUAGCCUAGUGUCAUUGGAGGUAUUGAGAAUAAUUGGCUGCAAACAUCUCGAAUACAUAAUAAUAGAUGAAAGAAAAGUGAAGGAAUCGAGAGGAGAAAUAGUUGCUGCUGCUGAUGAUAAUGAUCGCAAGAUGAGUCAAGACUCAAUAUUUCCAAAACUGAAACAUGUAUAUAUUGCACACUGCCAUGGAUUAAAAUUUAUAUUUUCAAUUCAGGAUCUUCCGGCACUGGAAUCUUUCUCAAUAUCUGAUUGUGAGAAGCUGCAAUACAUAUUUGGCCAUGAUUCAAUAAAUAAUUUUCUAAAAUGUGAUGUUACCACGCCUUCUCCCAUUUCUAGAGAUGCUUCCAAGCCAGGAAAACAAUUAGAACCUUUGAAAUGCAGUACCUUUUCAUGGACCAAUAUAUGUUGCUUUGGUAAAAAAUCAAUGACUACUGAAGAUCAACAGCAGGAUAUGCCUUCGAAGAGUACGAGCCUUUUGGAGAAUUCAUUUUCCCUCAAUCACCUUACAGUGAUAAAAAUCUUGCGAUGCGAAAAAUUGGAAAAUGUGUUUUCCACAUCUAUAUUAAGAUGCCUACCACAAUUGGUUACUCUAAAAAUAGUAGAAUGCAAAGAGUUGAAGCAUAUUAUUGAAGAUGAUUUGGAGAAUGACAAAUCCAUAAAUUUUAAGUCUACAAACACAUACUUCCCAAAGUUAGAAAUACUUAUUGUAGGAAACUGCAACAGACUCAAAUGUGUCUUUCCGACCUCCAUAUGUAAAGAGCUUCCAAAGCUAAAAGUUCUGAUGAUAAGAGAAGUAUAUGAGCUGCAAGAUAUAUUCAAAACUGAAGGUGAUGAUCAGAAACUCGAGAUUCCAAAUCUGGAAGUUGUAGCAUUUAUCAAUCUUCCAAACCUCUCCGAUGCUCAAAAAGUGCACUUUGAGGCCGUAAAUUAUCGUCUUGUACAAAACUGUCAUAAUUUUUCUCUGACUUCAGCAUCAAAAUCGGAUGACAUAGAUGACAUUGAUGACAUUAUUGGUUUUGUUCAAAGCAUAGAAUAUGAAUGCUAUACGGAAUUGAAGAUUCAAUUGAAACCAUUAAUAAGCCAUUUCACCUGCAAUGGAAAACCAAGUUCAAAAGUCACUCAAGAAUCUGCAGUUGGGGUUGAAGCUGAAGCAACAUCAGAAUCAGGAAGUAUAUUGACUUCGUCACAGCCACAGGGUGUCGAGAUAAGUACCGAAGAUGGAAUUACAUCAACCAAUGUUAAGACUUUAACAUCCUCAACCCAUUCAAAAUCAAACAGUUCAUCAUCACCUCAUUUAGAAUUAGUCAGUUCAUCAUUUGAUCCAUCUUCACAGAAAGAUGGUGAUUGCCAAAUAGCCACGACGGAGACCAAUGAUGAAGUUUCUCUAAAAGCUGCCGCUUCCAUGAAAGAAAGCUCAAACAUUGAGGAACAGUUUCCUAAGGAUGAUAAAAUAAUAGUUUUCAAAUCUAAACCCUCUUCUAGUAUCACGUCUCCAAUAGCAUCUCAGUUUCCUCCAAUAGUAGAAGAUUUAAGUUCUCCUUUUCUUGUCACAAGGGAGCUCGAACAACUAGUCUCCAUGAAGCAUUUGGAUUAUGAGAGCUUGUCUCUAUUAACUGAUUUUCUUGUUAAGCAUCCUUCUGUUCUUUUAAACAACACUUCACUUAGUAACAGAUACAAGGGUUAUGCCUACAACUGUCUAGCAGAGCUAUUGAAAUUCCUCCAAACCCAUAGUGUGUUGGAUGUGUUAGGUUCAAACCGCUCGGAAUUUGUUGAAUUAUUACAAGAUGUGCGCAAAUGUGGUUUUGAUAAGGAAUGGUUGGAUGGUGUAGAAAGGCGCGUUUUGUUUUCUGAGACAUUGAAAAGAUUAUUGGAUUCCAAGCAACAAGCUGUCUCCAUGGAAGUUGAAGAUCUUAAGCAUGAAUUGAAAUCGUCUGAAGCUGUUUUGGAGAGUAUCAUUCAACAAAAGACGGUUUUAAGCGCCCCUAUUGGUUAUUAGAUUAUAUUUUCAUGUACAUGUAUUCCUUCAUUUCUAAUAUGCUAUUCUUUUCAACGUGAGAGUUAUUCUUGUGCAUAAAGCUUCGUCAUUUCUCAUAUGACAUGAACUUAUAAACCAUCUUAUUAUGUUUGUGUAUUUAAAACUAUUAUUCAUUGAUGUAUCGUGUAUUAGUAGUGUGUUGUGAUCUGAUAUAAAAAC